GCUGAGAACUGAAACUUUGAAUAGCCAAGUCGGCGGUGGACCCAUCCAUUGUCAUGAGUUAAUGCACCUUCCCCACCCCCAACCCAAAACGUGUAUAAAUAUGCAGCGUUAUGCGACUGGUAUGGCCACACCCACAGCAUCUCCUUCGUCUCUGACUCUGCUUUUGUGUGAUCAAUCAUCAAUGGCUGCGAGCGGCAAAAAAUCAGGUGAAAUAUUCCCCAGCGAGGAAGCUGUGGCGGAGGCUCUGGCUGAAUACGUAGCUGAGCUAUCGGCUAGGUUCCUCAAAGAUAAACAAUUUUUCACCGUCGUUCUCUCUGGAGGUACCCUGAUCCACACUCUCAGGAAAUUACUCGAGUCUCCUUACAGGGACGAGGUGAAAUGGUCGCGCUGGAAAAUCUUUUGGGUGGAUGAGAGAGUAGUCUCUCUAAAGAGCCAGGACAGCAACUAUAAACUUGCCUUUGACGAAUUUUUAUCCAAGGUACCCAUUUCUCAGAAUAAUAUCUACCCCAUGAUGCCCAUAGACGGCAGUAUUCCAACACCGGAAGAAGCAGCCGACCGUUAUAAUGGCAUUCUCAAAGAACUGGUUGAUUCCAAAAUCCUGCCAUUGUCGGCUACUGGGUAUCCAAAAUUUGAUCUCAUGCUACUGGGUACGGGCCCAAGUGGAACUGUGGGUUCUCUAUUCCCCAAUCGUCCUCAACCUAAUACGGACAAGCCAUGGGUUACCUUCCUCGAUGACGCACCAGAAAAACCUCCAGGAAGAGUUACUUUGGUCUUUCCAGUAAUCGACUCAGCUUCAGAGAUUGCAUUAGUGGUCACUGGGAUCAAGUUUGCCCUUGUGGUGUAUGUAGUGAUGGGAGGCCAUCGUCCUCCUGGCCUGCCAAAACUUCCAGUCGAAAGGAUUCAAUCUAAACAAAGGAGCGUCACCCGGUUUCUGGACCAGGAUGCUGCUGCUUUUCUUCUGCCGAAGUAGCUCUGUGCGAGUUCAUCCACAACACAAAUCAUCACAUCUACGUCCCAGUGUGUUGGUAUAUUGUGUUGUUGGAAUUGUGUGCUUAUAUAUAACCAUAUGGUUUCUAAAUAAAGGGACGUGUCCUUCGUAUAAAUAAAAAGGCAGCCACCGUGUGCCCAAGGCUGCCACACUGUAACAUGAAGAAGGACAUGUCAUUCCAUGUAUUAUGUUAUGUAUUCCGAUCCUGUACAAUAAUAAUAAUAUGCUCUAGUUUGUUUGGAAUAAAUAGUUAAGAUUCAAGCGCAACUGCUCGACCCAUAGAAAUUCUGUUUCUUACUAUUCUGAGCUAUCUCGGAUGUGGUGAGUGAAAUAAGCCUUUUCGCUGCCCUGUGGCAAUACUCUGAGCUGUUGACUGCUUUCCUAAUCAUCAUUUACUUCCGUAUAUA